AUGGGGGUCGCCAGGAUGGACAUCUACGACUCGGAGCUGGCAUAUCUCGGGUACUCUGAGAGCGAGUCGUACGGUGUCUCCUACAAGGCUCGCGGGUUGUGCAAGACCCUCGAAAAUGUCGACAUCUUCGACGAUGAUCAGGAUUUCCCUGUGUACGGAGCCUACGCGGUCUACGGAGACAUCUACAGGUCCAAGAUCCACAACAACUGGUUCGGGCACUACUCCUACGGGCACCAGGGCGGCAAGUGGAUCGACAACGACGUCUACGACAACGUCGGCUACGGCUUCGACCCGCACGACGAUUCCGACCACCUCGAAAUUAGGGGCAACAAGGUCUGGGACAACGCCGAGAACGGCAUCAUGCUCCACCGGUCAUGCGAUCGCGCGACGGUAACCGGUAACACCGUCAGAGACUCCGGCGAUGCAGGUCUCGCCUUGUACGAGAGCUCCGACUGCGACGUCUACGACAACGUUUUUGAAGACAAUCCCCGUGGUGUGCGUUGGAGCAAUGGCGCGAACAGGAACAACGUCUACAGCAACACGAUCGCGGUUGGGUCCGGAGACGACGAUGACUACGCCAUCUACUUUUAUCGCGGAAACGACGAGCCCCAAGCCGACGGCAACCCCGAUGGCAACCCUAGGGACAACAAUGUCUACGACAACGACAUUUAUUCCGGCAAGGAAGUCGCGUGGUUAACUACGGAUGCAGAAGACAACGAGUUUUACGACAACACGUUCCACAGUGGGUCGAAGGCUAUUUUCGAAGAUAGCACCAACAACCUGGUCCGCGACAAUACGUUCACAGAUUCCAGCUUCGAGUUCUCGGUUACCAACUCGUGCUUUUCCACCGGAACGGAUGUCCCGGGCGUGCCUUUGUGCGACGGAACAGAUGAUGCUGUUGUCCCAACAGAUGAUCCUGUUGUCCCGACAGAUGAUCCUGUUGUCCCGACAGAUGAUCCUGUUGUCCCGACAGAUGAUGUCGAUUCCGAAUCAGCGGACGAAACACAGACGUGCAGCGAUGGUACCGAAGGCAUCGACGGGAACGGCGUCGUCUGCUGUCCGAUCGGCUGUGGUCAGUGCGCAGGGGAUGGAUGCGGUACGGCUGGAUCUGCAAAUGGUCUCGGCUCGGAGUCAUGCUGUGGGGGCGGUGUGAAGUCUCUCGGCCUGUACUGUGAUGACACCAACGAAGCCCCGUGCAUCAUCGGCAGCCGGCCUGAUACCGAUGAUGUCGAUUCCGAAUCAGCUGACGAAACACAGACGUGCAGCGACGGUACCGAAGGCAUCGACGGGAAUGGCGUCGUCUGCUGUCCGAUCGGCUGUGGUCAGUGCGCGGGGGAUGGAUGCGGUACGGCUGGAUCUGCAAAUGGUCUCGGCUCGGAGUCAUGCUGCGGUAACGGGGUGAAAUCUCUCGGCCUGUACUGUGAUGACACCAACGAAGCCCCGUGCAUCAUCGGCAGCCGGCCGGACACCGAUGAUGUCGAUUCCGAAUCAGCUGACGAAACACAGACGUGCAGCGACGGUACCGAAGGCAUCGACGGGAAUGGCGUCGUCUGCUGUCCGAUCGGCUGUGGUCAGUGCGCGGGGGAUGGAUGCGGUACGGCUGGAUCUGCAAAUGGUCUCGGCUCGGAGUCAUGCUGCGGUAACGGGGUGAAGUCUCUCGGCCUGUACUGUGAUGACACCAACGAAGCCCCGUGCAUCAUCGGCAGCCGGCCGGACACCGAUGAUAUCGAUUCCGAAUCAGCUGACGAAUCAGCUGAUGAAUCAGCUGACGAAUCAGCUGAUGAAUCAGCUGACGAAUCAGCUGAUGAAUCAGCUGACGAAUCAGCUGAUGAAUCAGCUGACGAAUCAGCUGAUGAAUCAGCUGACGAAUCAGCUGAUGAAUCAGCUGACGAAUCAGCUGAUGAAUCAGCUGACGAAUCAGCUGAUGAAUCAGCUGACGAAUCAGCUGAUGAAUCAGCUGACGAAUCAGCUGAUGAAUCAGCUGACGAAUCAGCUGAUGAAUCAGCUGACGAAUCAGCUGAUGAAUCAGCUGACGAAACACAGACUUGCAGCAACGGUAUCGAAGGAAUCGACCACAAGGGCGAAGUCUGCUGUCCGCUUGCCUGUGGUCAGUGCGGGGGGUCGGGAUGCGGUUCGGCUGGCUCCGCGAACGGGCUCGACGGUGCAUCUUGCUGCAGCUCAGAGGUAUUGGCUGGCAACGUGUACUGCGAGGACACCAACGCAGCCCCGUGCAUCAUCUGAAUUCUGAAGACGCAACAAAGCCCCGGGAUAACUGACGCCAGAACGGUGUUCGAAGGAUAUCGUGCUGAUAUUGUGAUUGCAAAUUUCACGGAAGGGUUUCGGUAGCUGAACUCUCCGACCACGUCAACAAUAGAGCUCUGCGUUAGCCUCUUUUCGAGGUUCGCUGUGGGAUUUCGAGCCUUGUCUCUACCCUGAGGCAGUAGAGUUGAUGCUUCGCCCGCGAAAAGUUGUCAUCCCGCAGCCGGGUGUGCAGUCGUGGCGCUUGAGGAGAAUGGAGCCGGCUUUACUCCUUGUAGCACUUUGCAAUUUUGGUUUACUGUAAUACUAUUAAUAUAUUAUUCUUGCUGUCGUGUGGAUAAGGUUAACACAGAGUUUUCCUCCUGCGCCCAGGUAUGCCCCCCCCUGCACGGGGCGGCUGCUCGUAUCUGGAGUGAUGCGUAGAUGGGUGUGUAGAUACGAUAGAGUGGGUGGCACGCUCUUGCCUGGCUUGUAUGGGUCUGUUUGUGAAUGGUAGUCUGUUGUUGGUUCAUCAGCUCUGCCAUUGCAGGAAACGGACGAGCGGCACUGCUUCCACGCACGCACACAUCCUGUAGUUGUCUCCUUUCGCUACUGUGUAAUACUUUCGCAACAUGAAUUAAUAGUAUGACCGUAUGAUUAGGCAAGGCGUUUCCCGAAGUAUCGACGUUUUCUCUAUGAUGCCUCAAACAAACGUGCGUGGUCGCAACGGCGGUGUCUUGUAGCGAUGACAGCCCUUUGCCCCCCGCCUUGUGUUCUCGUGUCCUUCCUGAGGCUUGCUGCCGCCCAAAUUUGAUUGCUUCGUGAUAUGUGUCGGUGUUUUUGGUGGAGCCCUGGCUUUGUUGUUCUCCUCCUGUUUGUGCCAGCUAUGUCAAGUUUUAAGUAGACAGGGAACACUGAAGGGCAAUACUUGUACUGUAUCCCGUUGCAACACAAGGAAACGGCUUGCACAUAUGUAGGAGGCGUACACAUGUGUCAGGAGGUUUCCCUGGAAAACGCCAAGUCUUUCACGUUGAACAAUUUGUGUCACCUGUCGCGCCCCAAUUGCCAAGAGUACCAGACAGAGGGUAUCGAUACGUUCGGCACGUGAUACAAGCGACGGGUUGACCGGUAUGGUCUAUGGGUAAUACAUUCAGAGUGGUCAGCGGCAAGAUUCUUUCUUGAGAAGAAGGUGCGAUAUCUGGUCGAAUUCGACUUUCGAGUUAAGGUUUCGAGUUGGCUUUGUAUGUACUCGAGUGGGGUUGCAUUGAAAUCGAGAAUCAAUCGAGAACGGUUCGG